AUGGCCCUGGACGGCAAGAUCGCAAUCGUCACCGGCGGUGCGCAGGGCAUCGGCUACGGCAUCGCCAAGCGCUUCCUGCAAGACGGGGCGCGGGUCGCAAUCGCCGAUCUCGACAAGACCAAGGGCGAGGCGGCGGAAGAGGCGCUGUCGGAGCUGGGCGAUGUCCAGUUCGUGGCCACCGAUGUCGGCAGCCGGCUGGACGUGCACAACAUGGUCGCCGCGGUCACCGAGACCUGGGGCGACAUCGAUGUGCUGGUCAACAAUGCCGGCAUCGUCCACGGCGCCGACUUCCUCGAGAUCACCGAGGCCGAUUUCGACCGCGUCCUGCGCGUCAACCUGAAAGGCGCGUUUCUGUGCGGCCAGGCGGUCGGCCAGUUCAUGGCCGACAAGGUCAGGGAGGGCGGGCCGGCGGGCGCGAUCGUCAAUAUGAGCUCGAUCAACGGUUCGGUGGCGAUCCCCAACCAGGUGCCCUAUUGCGUCUCAAAGGGCGGCAUCAACCAGCUUACCAAGGUGAUGGCGCUGUCGCUGGCGCCCUACGGCAUCCGCGUCAACGCGGUCGGGCCGGGCUCGAUCAUGACCGAGAUGCUCGCUUCUGUGAACGCCGAUCCGGCGGCGCGCAACCGCAUCCUUUCGCGCACGCCGCUGCUCAGGAUCGGCGAAACCAGCGAGGUGGCGGCGACCGUGGCGUUUCUUGCCUCCGGCGAAGCCAGCUACAUUACCGGCGAGGUGCUGCACGCCGAUGGCGGGCGGCUGGCGCUCAACUAUGUGGUGGACGUGCCGGACGAAGAGUAA